AUGGGGGCGCGGGGCGCGGUCACGUGCGCAGCCCCGCUCGGCGCUGCGGAGCCGGAGGAGCCGGACGGGGCCGCGGAGCCGGGACGGGGCCGCGGGGCAGCGCCGGGGCCGGCGCCGGGCUGGGUGAAUUAGAGAAAGUGACUCCCAGAGCACCUUGGCUGUAUGAACUCUUGAGCUGUCACGGGACUGAGAGGCUUAUGAAGAGGUUCUGUCAGGCAAAACAGUGCUUAGCAAAGACACCAAGGAGGAGGGAAAAGGAGAAAGGGAGGGAGAGAGCUGAAACACUAACAAACCAUGAGAUCAAUCCGAUCUUUUGCUAACGAUGACCGCCACGUAAUGGUGAAACAUUCAACCAUUUAUCCAUCUCCAGAGGAGCUUGAAGCUGUCCAGAACAUGGUCUCAACAGUAGAAUGUGCUCUUAAGCAUGUCUCUGACUGGAUGGAUGAAAAGAACAAGUCUGCAAAGUGUGAGGGUGAUGUGGAAGCCAAGGAGGAAGCUGCUGAAGGCACUGCCAAGGAUCAAGGUGGUCGGACGUUAUGUGGCGUUAUGAGAAUUGGCUUGGUUGCAAAGGGCUUGCUGAUCAAAGAUGAUAUGGAUCUGGAGCUGGUUCUCAUGUGCAAAGAAAAACCCACAAAGACCUUGUUAUGUAUCGUUAAAGACAAUCUCCCAGCUCAAAUUCAGAAACUUACAGAAGAGAAGUAUCUGGUGGAGGAGCAUGUAAAUGAGGCAGCUAUUGUUAUCCAUAACACAAAGGAGCCCAAGCUCACUUUGAAGGUGAUACUCACAUCCCCUCUCAUCCGAGAUGAAGCAGAGAAGAAGGAAGGAGUAGAUAAUGUUGCGAUGAAAGAUCCUCCGGACUUAUUGGACAGGCAGAAAUGCCUGGAGGCCUUGGCGUCUCUGCGGCACGCCAAAUGGUUUCAGGCCAGGGCAAAUGGACUAAAAUCAUGUGUAAUUGUCCUUCGUAUUCUGCGGGAUUUGUGCAACAGAGUCCCCACAUGGGCACCGCUGAAAGGCUGGCCACUCGAGCUUAUAUGUGAAAAAUCUAUAGGUACUUGUAAUAGACCUUUGGGCGCUGGGGAAGCGUUGCGACGAGUGAUGGAGUGUUUGGCAUCUGGAAUUCUGCUUCCUGGGGGCCCGGGGCUGCACGACCCCUGCGAGCGCGAGCCCACGGACGCUUUGUCUUACAUGACAGUUCAGCAAAAAGAAGCCAUUACACACAGUGCUCAGCACGCGCUCAGAUUAUCAGCCUUUGGGCAGAUCUAUAAAGUUUUGGAAAUGGAUCCCCUCCCAUCAAAUAAGUCAUUUCAGAAAUAUUCCUGGUCAGUAACUGACAAAGAAGGUACAGGCUCAUCUGCUCUGAAGAGACCGUUUGAAGACAGUGUUGGGGAUGAUAAAGAUCCAAAUAAAAAGAUGAAGCGUAAUCUGAGGAAAAUACUAGAUAGUAAAGCAAUAGAUCUCAUGAAUGCUCUGAUGAGGCUGAACCAAAUCAGGCCAGGGCUUCAGUAUAAGCUGCUGUCACAGUCUGGUCCAGUCCAUGCCCCAGUCUUCACAAUGUCUGUAGAUGUUGAUGGUACGACUUAUGAAGCAUCAGGACCUUCUAAGAAAACAGCCAAGCUCCAUGUGGCAGUGAAGGUUUUACAAGCAAUGGGGUAUCCAACAGGUUUUGAUGCAGAUGUGGAGUGUGUAAGUUCUGAUGAAAAAUCAGAUACUGAAGGUAAAAAUGAAACAACGUCUUCAAUCUCAAGCAAUAAUAAUACUGGCAAUUCCACAGCUGACACCUCCGCUACCCUAGAGGUAAGAACUCAGGGUCCCAUACUCACAGCAAGUGGCAAAAACCCGGUGAUGGAGCUCAAUGAAAAGAGAAGGGGUCUGAAGUACGAGCUCAUCUCCGAAACAGGGGGAAGCCACGACAAGCGCUUUGUGAUGGAGGUAGAAGUAGAUGGGCAGAAGUUCAGAGGUGCAGGCCCAAACAAGAAAGUAGCAAAAGCAAGUGCUGCAUUAGCAGCACUUGAAAAACUGUUUUCUGGGCCUAAUGCAGCAAAUAACAAGAAAAAGAAGAUUCUUCCUCAGACUAAAGGGGUUGUCAAUACAGCUGUUUCUGCAGCAGUCCAGGCUGUUCGAGGCAGAGGACGAGGUGCUUUAACACGAGGGGCGUUUGUUGGGGCAGCUGCUGCUACUGGAUACAUAACACCAGGCUAUGGAGCACCAUACGGAUACAGCACAGCGGCACCAGCCUACGGUGGUUUUUUCAUUGACAAUCCCUAUUGCCAGCCUCUCAGCAUCGCACCUUUUAUUAUUCACUUGGGCCCUCAAGAUUUCUUCUCUGACUUCUAGAACCAUCAGGUUGUGUGGCUCCAAAUGGCAUUUUGUACAUGUCUUAAAAGCAAGAAAAACGUGGCUCGUUUUGAGGUUUCUCAACUUCAGACAUGGAAUCUGAGCUUUUUUCCUUCUUUUUUUUUUUUUUUUAAAGUGUUUUUCUCACUUCUUGAACUUUGCUCCAUGUAAUGAAAAGCAAUACUUAGUCCAAGCCACAAGUCCUCUCUUUGGGUACAUAGCAAUAGAUGUGUAUAUAUUCCUGGUUAUUUCUUUACACUAGAAGGGGAAGGACUGGUGUGUUAAGGGGGGAAACCAAACGCCAAAUCAAGGCACAACCUGGGUCGAGUGCUGCUUCAAGCACUGAAAUCUGCCUUUACUUUCACUAUUGAAGUCCUUCAGAAUUUUGAUACUAUGCUGUAUUUGCAUGUUUCCUAUAAAAGUUGCUACAGAGCUGUGCAAUGGUCACUCCUGAAGCAGCAGUGUGUUGUACCAUUGUGCAUGGCAGCAGACAUGAAAUGUAGCAAAAUGGCAGAAGAAAAAAAUUCCCAAAAUGUAACUAAAUUAUAUAUUUUCUCUCUCUCCCCCCCACAUCAUUGAUAUGAGGCACAAGAAUGGUAGGCCUGAACUUGAAAAUCAAGUGGAUUGCUUUUGUGUCUCUUAAAAUCAUCACCAAAUGAUAGGAAAACAGUAUUUGGGAAACAUCCAGUUCAAAAACCUUUGCUGCUCUAAAUUUACUGAGUAUUUUUCCUCUUGAAUAUUUGUAUGUUGCUAUUUUGAGAUUGUCAAUCAGCAAUAACUGAAAGGUUAAUGUUUUUUUAAAUGGUAUUGGAACAUCUAUAUGUUGCAGCUUAAGACUUCUAAGCAGUUUUCAGCAGGUUAAUUCCACUUUAUUCUCAUUCUCUCCGGACCUUCAUAGCCAUAUGCACUUGUAUAAAAUAAGCAGAAAUAUAGUGACUGUAAGCUGAGAUCGUGAUAUAAAAGGUAAGAAAAUUUAUUUUCAGCUUAUAGAGUAUUUUUAUUGCUUUUUUUCUAAAAAUCUCAUAUACCUGUGACAAUCUUGUAUAUGGCACAUUUUUAUUAUGUCUUGUUAACUCAGUGUUUAAAGAGGUAAUACAUAGGUCUGAAUCCCAACUUUGUAUUUCUCAAGGCCAAUUCAAAUACUCCAGUUUCAGUUAAAAAAUAUUACCUAACACUUAAGAAAUUGUUUGGUUUUAUCAACAGACUGUUCUCCUUCAGGUAUUUUUUCUCCUGUGUAGCAUAAAAAGCUGUGUUGAUACUGCGGUGUCAGGCACUGCAUUCCUUGCACCCCUGUGGACACGUUUGGGUAGGUACCAAAGCCAGGCCCUGGCCUGCUCUAAAUGCACACCUUGGUUCUGGCUAAGUGCAAUGGGUGACACUAAGAAUGAGACAAACUAUUUCCCUAAACUAUUAAAGCUAAACUCCAAAUGAAGAAUUAACAACUUUGAUGAUACUGCAGUUAAAAUCUGCAGAGAUCAAAUUAUAUUAGGCCAGAUUAAUUCAGGAAGCAGCCAGGUUUGCUUCCCUCCUGUGGGUGCAGUGCAGUGCAGGAGGGCAGGCAGGCAGGGAUUUAUCUCUGCGUGAAUCCUUUGCUUAGCUGUGGUUUUCUACAGCUAGAAAUUAGGAUACAGCCAUCCAUAAAUGAUUGUUUUCAGUUCUGUAGUAAAUGUUUUAACAAUAUUUUACUUAGAUUAAAAUGGGUUUGAAUUAUGACCUGUUGAUGCACAUGAUAUGUGUAGUUUUAAAAUACUAUUUUUUUAUUUGUCUUUUAAACCUUGCGUUAUGCAAAGUUGCAUAGUACAGUACUCCAGAAGUGCAGUACUUGCAGUACUUGAAGUUGCUGGAAACAACUCUUUUUAUAUAAAAAUGGUUAAAAAAUAAAAAAGCAAAAGGGAGCAAGCUGAUGAUGAUAUAUUAGCAUUUUAAGGUCUCAAUUCAGAGAUGAAAACAUGAACAAACCCUAACUGGUAACAGUUGACACUGGUGUCAAUCAGAAAACCACUAGGUACAGAAUAUGUAGAGGUGUAUCAAGCCGAAAGGUCUGCAUCAGAACACUAACAGCAAAUAUAAACUAUAUUUGAUUUUAAUAUUGAAUCAUCAAAUUCACUAUGUAACUGCAUGUACAGGUUAUCCGUUCCUCAGGAUAUUUCUGGAUAUAAUGCAUAGGCUGGUAAGAGAAAAAGAGCUGUUAAAUAGUGUCAGCUUUGCUCCUGAACUUGCACCAGGGAAAGGAACAGAGGAACUGUUCCAGGGGCUGGCCCUGGAACACAUAAUCCUUCCAUAACAUCUGCAGGACAGCUGAUGAGCAAUCAGAACAUCCUUCCUGUUCAGGGGGCAGGUUUCCAUCUGCUUAUCUUCAAGGUGCAAACUCAGGGCUGGAUCUGCAGCUCAUCUACAGUUCAGUCCCUUUUUAAGCCUGGCAGGCCCAGCAGUGCUGAUCGUGGAGCAGCAGGCUGCUCUGCUCCUUCAGAUAGGAUAUUAUAUGCAUCAAGGUGCAUUAUAAUGAACUUCUCCUGAAUAUUCCUUUCCUAAGCUUAACUGCUGUCAGCCUGACAAGAACUGUCCACUUCAAGGACUGAUAAUAAACAUCUUGCUGACUCUCAUUUGAUCUGCAUCUUUGUGAACUGUAUUUGGCAGCUUAAUCCAUGUGUAUUUCUUUCCAGCAGAAUUGCUUUAACUGUGAAUUUCUGUAUUUUUCUGUUAUCACUCUUUUUAACUCUUAAAAUACUAAGCUUUCCACUCUCCUGUUUUUUUUUUAAUUAUCUCAAGUUUCUUGCAUCUUUUUUCUCUUGAUUUCUCUAAUACCCUGCUGUUUGUAAUGCAGUAAAGCUUUGCAGUAUUUAUGUCGGAGAUAGCCCCUUGCCUUUGCUGCCUCCCUUUUCAGUAGGAGAAAAUGCUUUUCUGAUAUAUGAAACACACUAAGACUCCUAAAUCUGGGUUCUGCAGCCACCUGGAAUCAGAGAUAGGACCGUAAGGUGCAUGACUGCCUGGGAACCCCUCUCAUUCAUGUGGAACUUGAGCAAAAUAGCCCCAUGUAUUGAAGGGUCACAGAGUAGGCUCUGAAGUGCCUGAUGGAUUCAUGUUUGAGAGAGCAGCCAAUUCCAUCAGUAGGUUUUAGCCUAGUAUCAGGCUAUUAUCUGAUGAGUAAUCUGGGUAACAUCUGCUUCAUCAGUGUUGCAACAAGCAUGGUUUUGCUAAAGCAGAAGUAGAAACUCAUUUCUUCUGCAUAAUACUUUUAGGUUUCCUUUUAAAAGCCUCCUCACAGGAGCUUGGUCUGAACUGCCUUUUCUGUGAGGUUGGAGGUCUGUGUUACAGCUACUGAGCUUUGCAUUUCUGUAUGUAUCCAAGAGCCAAACACAUAAAUCUGGUUGUGUAUGCUCUGUGCAGCUGCCAGUAGCGUUACCAAUUCUGGAGUACCUUUUCAGUGGAGCAGAAAUGGUAUUUUACAGUUCAAAUUCCUGGUUCAUGGAAAAGAAAUCUGAAAAGUUCCUUUCAAUUAGUACAGCUAUAAAUAGGAGAUCAGGGAAAGUCUGUGCCUAUACACUACCCACCUUAAUGCUAGUUUUAGCUAACCAGAUGAUCAUGUGUAUUUUGGGAGAUGGUGUCUGGCACUUAAAGGAUUAAAAAACGGAGAUGUACAAUGAAGAACCAAACUGUUCAGUGGGUUCUCUAUACUGGAAAUGAAUGGCAUCACCACUGACUUUGCAGUCAUACCCGUGAGCUUAGGGGUCUGCUUCAGUCCUACUUUGUCAGCCACAAGAGAUUCCUCCCGGAAGGCUCUACCUAGAGAAGGGUUUAGAGUAAUCAGAGUGGCUUGGAGGGCUUGGCUAGCUCCAAAGCAUGAUAUGUGGUGCUUCCUGCCAUCGUGUUCUCCCUCUGCCAGUGCUUGCUGUCUUCCUUAAGCACACAUUCAGGAGCUGGAACACAGUGACCUUAUUCCUGGGCGUUUCGCCAGUUGGAUGGAGGGAGGCCAGCCUAUGCUCCUGAAGGGAAUGUGUAACACGAGGCCUCGGUUGCCCAAGCAAUUUCUGUUGGACACAGUGCACAAUCCAACCCUCGCAAAGGCAAUUUAGUGCCUGGGUAGGUGGUUCCUAAUCUGUCUAAUUUGCUGUUGUGUAGCCAGUGUGAGCUAAUUAGAUGAUUCAGCAAUUGUCAUGGCUCCCCACUUAAUGUGCUGUAAAUGCUGCUGCCACGACUUUCACUGCUGUUAAAUACCUUUGCUUCUGUGAAGUCUGUCCUCCUGCCCUGCCUUUUCUGAUCAUCUUCUAGAAUCCUAGGAAAUAACUGAUUCUCUCAAAUUAUGAAAUUGUUACAUGUAAGUAUCUAGAUUCUUAAAAACUUUUAAUCAGACUGUGAAGCACUUCAGAGAAACCAGUUUUCCUACAAAUAUUUCAACUUAUUCAUGUGCCAGAGGACUAUUUCUGCUCAUUAACAAAGAUCUGAAAACUGCCCCAGUAUUUCUCCUCUCUGGAGACAAGGAUUCUUUCUUUGAAAACACUUGCCUUCUGGUAGGAAAAAAAGAUUUAAAGUGUGUCUUAACAAAAAUCUGUGCCCUCAAGCCCCUGAAAGAACUUAACUGGGGAAAAGUGCACAAAUCUAAAUUAUUUGAAGCUUUCUGGUUUCAUUGAGCUAUUGAGAACAAUUUCCCUGACAAGAAGUUCCUUAGAUUAUUAGGAUGUAGAAAAUGCAAGAGGAGGGGCAUGAAGAUUUUUCAAAUCUAGGAAAGAGAAUCUUCUGGUUUUUGGCUGUUCAGCUAUGCUACAUCAUUCUCUUGUCACUUCUUUAUCUCCAAGACAGCAAUAAUUGUGAGCAGCUUUAACGUACCAUCUCUUAUCCAGUCCUGACAAUGUCCCUUGGAGAGUGAGAGUGGCACUCCCUGUUUUUUCUGCCACCAACUCCCUGAAAUAAAGUUCCUUGCUUAAUUUGUAAUUCUGCAUCUGUACUUCUGAGCCACUCUAGAAGUGGGAUAGCUGAACAUCUCUCCAAAUCCGUGUAAAUGGCAAGACACUAUUUCAGUCUUUACUCAGACAAAAUUACAAGUUUCCUUCUGCCUCUUGUGCUUGGUAUACCAAGAUAUACUCACUCAGAACUUCUUGCCUUUAGCUAAAUUCUAAGACAGUUGCCUCUUACUUCGUGAAGGCAAAACUAUGUCCCAGCCUCACUGAGUUCCAAGUCACAAAGCAGCUUACAAAAACAGCUCCUAUUUCCAGUGGCUCUGGGAAACAGCACAGGAGCUCUGCUGCUGUGUAUUCCUUUGGACACAUGAUGAGAUGUGUAAACAUGAAAUUCAGAUUGUUGUUCUCAGUCAUGAAGCUAAGACCUUGCCUCUCUGGCAUCAAAAGAAUGAAAAUGAGCUCUGUGCUGGGCACACUGAGGAGCUCUGGGAAUGGCUGUUCUGUCUCAAAAAACAGUAACUCAGCUCAAAUGUUCAGCACACAGACCCUCUUGGGCUUCCUGCUGAAUAAUCCAGUGAAAAAUUAGGUACUUUAUUGACUUGUUUAAAGCAGAGCAAAGACACAGGGUAGCUGAAUCUGCUGUCUUAAUACAGGAGACAGCUUGUCUAACAACUUGUUGGUUUCAUUCCACUGGAAGUGGAAAUUCUGCUAAAGUCAUUUUAGAGCACUUCACCAGAGAAACCCAGCACUGAAGUCCUGUGCCUAUGGACCACAGCAGCAGUUUCACAUGCACUUUCUUUUGAACAUAAACCAUUUAAUCUAGUGGUUCAGUAUUUGGCAUUAAGAGAAUUGUCACCACUGAACUGUUUUAUUGCUUAACCCAGAGCGAUGCCUUCUUAGCUUUAUUUGUGUCAUCUGAAUUCACACCUAUUCAUGUCCAGGUACUGGCGUGCUUGCCUUUUCUGCUCAUAGAUAUGGAAUUCACUUGUUGGUUUGUAACUGAUAUGUGAGAUAAUACAAAAGCACAAGUAGGACACAUCUGCCUAUUCCUCUGUCUGCUCCUCUCUCUGGGGUUUCCUAGGAGAAAGGGGGCUCUUCCUCCCACACCGGUCUGAUGCUGUGUAGGCAAAGCAGUGCUUUACUAUCAGUGUUGUGAGUUAGGUAAGAGAAAAGUUCAUCAGACAGUAAGGUUUAAAUUCAGGAAAGUGGUUUUUUUUCUCAAGUUCCUGAGAUUGCAUGAAACAUUCAGACCACAUUGUUUACCUUGAUGUUUUUGAGGAGCUGAAUGUCCAAAAGUGGUGUGUGGAGAUGUGCAGUUCUAAAGCAUAUCUCUUAUUUUGGAUGUUGUUUUAUCUUGUAUUUGGUGCCUUAACUCUGUACAAUUUAAGGUCAUAUAUACUGUACCACAGGUAGUUUAGUAGUUGUGUACUUGAAAAGAACCCAUCUAGCCUAGUCUGUACAGACUGAAGCCUUCUCAGGGGCAGUACUCUUCUAUGUUUAAUUAAUAAUCCACCAAGAAGUGAGAGUUACAAGAAUGUAAAGAGCAUUUAAAAUUUUUAACUGUAGGGACUGAAUUUACCUGAGACUGAAUUUAUCUGAUUUCUAAAUUCAAAGGUUUGGGGCAGUAAGAUAAUUAAAGCUGCAGUCUCUUCUAUGCUUUAUAAGUAAACAACUUCCAAAUGUUUUCUCACCAGCCAGAACUGCAUGUUUGCGAAAACCUCCGGACUGUUAUCUCUAGUAGAAUAAAUAACACUUAAUUUCAAAAGGCAUUAAUUGAAUGUAACGGGCUAUCCUUCAUUGGUUAGCGCAAGAGAGUUGGAAUGAGUAAAAGCUGCAGUUAAUUUUUAAUUGAUUAAACUUAAGCCUCAUUCAUACCUCUAACCAGGAUCUGGAAGCUCCAGCUGCCUUAUGCUGCUUUGCAGUUCAUGAGGCUUUUGCAGCAUCAGCGUGAACAAAGGAUUUCUGAGUGCAUCUGGUUCUGGCAAGAGAGACAAAAGACAAACAAUGAAGAAAAUGUCCUCCAGUUUUAGAGGUUAGAGCAUCAUAGAUAGAAGUUGAAGGGAAAGUUGCACUGCCUUUUCCAAGUCCAUUAAGAUAGUCUGUGGUAAAGCCAGGAAGUUUAUGUGUGCUGGGGAAAGCCUUGUGUGCUGUGAGCAGGGGGAGCUGGGAUUGCUUUGUCAGUAGUUUGUGAGAAAUCACAUAAGAGGUUUAAGCAGGCUAAAAGCUGCUAAUGAUGUUGCUAAAGGAGAUGAAUUUAUUUUUUCUGUUCAGUAAACAAGUCCAGGAUUGCUGGUUUUCCAGAGGAGGAAUGUGAGAAAUCCAACGGACAAAUUUUGUUUCCUGAUGCGGUCCUACCCAAAAACAGGGAGAUAGUUCCAGACAGCGUAUAGAGCAUGUAGUUGAAUUUUGGGAGGAAAAGGAAUAAUAAUAAUUUCCUCAGAAGGAAUAGUAGUUAGUUAUUUCUGCAAUACCCACAGUAUUCUAGACAAGCUGCCUUUACACAAAGGAGUAUGGAAACAAGGGAAAGCAGAUACUGCUCCCACAGUGACCUGUGUAAUGUACACAUUUUAGGUGACCAAUAUCGGUGUAACUCCUUAUGACAAAGUAGGUUCAUCUUACCAGCAAAGUGUAUUUGGACAUUCUAACCACUUCUAUUUUUUAAGCUAAAGGGGAGUUAAUCAUAGCACUCAUCUGUUUCAAUGGGAGUAGAGCAGAAGGUAAGUUUUAACUUCAUAAUUUGAAGCUGCUAUGAAUAGAUUAAGUGUUCCAUGGAAACAACCUGAGGUACUUCUUUAUUUUCUUGGAGUUUCAUUUCUGUGUUCUUGCAAAAGCACAAGCUUGCGUAAGUGUAAUCAAUACAAAUUACUCAGGGUACUGCAUCAUCUCAGCAGUGGACACUAACUGCAUCUUAAGUCAACAGGCACACAUCAGUCAAGCUUAAUUAAGAGGAACAGGACAUCUUGGCAAGUUUUGCUUUAUUACUGGCACUGCUGCAAUUUAAUGAUCUAUGCAUACUGAAAUGUGUGUAUUGCUGCACUCCCAACAGAAUGUGAGUCUUGUAAGGGUGUCCUGUAAAAUAACAAAGUCAAGAGUAAGAGAGACAGUAUUUAUUCUUCUGUCAUUAUUUUCACAAAGAACUGUUUCUAAGCAGAUGGAAAGUCAUUCUGCUCAAAGGAGAAUAACGGUGGGCUAGAGAACAGCAUUCUGAGCAGUACAGCUUUUGAAAAGUUAGUGAUCCUACGAAUUUAAUUAUAAAAAUUCUGAUUUGCAGUACAGAUUCUUUCCUGUGUUUUUAAACUCAUAUCACUGUUACCCUGCUCAAAAUAACAGGCUAAAGACAGGUGUAGUUUUCUAAUAACUUCUAUGGUGUGGAAAUCCACACACACUGUAAGAAAAGGGAGGCUGUACUGCAGAGAGCAUAUUCAACUACAGAGCCAUUCUCUGGGCAAUGCUGCAUAAUUUAGGAGUGGGUAACCAUGCCUUCAGGGACAACAUGACACAGAGCAGAUGGUUGAAAAAAAAAUAUCACAGAAAAAAGCCUCCAAGCUUUGUCCAGUCACACAUUUACCCUUCCCUGCAAAAGGGGACAGGUACAUUCAUACACGCAUAAUGAGUUAUCUGUCAGGCAUCACAGAGGUCCUUAAGGACAAAUGUUUUGGAGCUAGUCUCCUUUUGGACAGAAAAAGGAGGAAGUUGACUCUGUCUUCCAGUUCCAAGGUGCAGUGUCUUAUUUCUCAUCCUAACCCUAAGUCAAUAUUUAUUGAUCAAACUGACUAAGCUUUUUAGGCCGACCAGCUCUCUACGAAGCAAUUCUGUUCUCUUGAGCCUCUGCAGGGGCCAGUAACUGGUGCUUAACUACUGCUUCCACUCCGGAAUGUCACCGUCCUCCAGCUGCCCCAGAGCCAGGCUGGGACACUUGCACUUCUGAGAGCAACACUGCUGGGGGUGGGGGCUCUCCAAAGCACUGAAGUACUACAGCAGAGCAAGUCCCAGUGGGCUGUAUGCUUUUUAAAGUCCUGUCCAGUUCUUAGUGACAAAGUUGAGCAUGAAACCUGUACUGCCAAAUGUAUCAGUCCCUUGUUGAAGGGCAUCAGUGGGAAGCAGUCUCAGAAGUGGAGAUUUUGAGGAAAGGGUGGUGCUUUCCAAGGCCAACUGACAGGCUUUUUUUUAAUGGCUGAAUUUCCACCCACCAAAAAUUGUCAUCAGCCAAAUCAAUUCAAAUUGCUGCUAAUUUGGGCUAAAAUAUCACCUUUGUGUAACCCUAACCACCACCAUCCAUGCAUCCAAAGAAUUCCUAAGCAAAGACUCCUCAGGAGGCAGAACCCUUCUGACAGGAAAACUGGCAGUGCAGUCUGAUGUGAUUUUCUGAUAAUAAUUACUUCUCCAAGACAAGGCAAAGACAGAGGCAGUGCUUUGGGGCAGUGUUUCAUGCUCAGCAAGUUUGUAGAGGGAAGGAAUGCUAUUCUAUAAAUCACUUGUACUGUAUUUGUUUCUAGACUUGAAUGAAUUUCACUUUUCCUUUGUGAGUCAGCGUAUUAAACGUUAAAGAAAAGGUCUAUUUUUCUAAAUCUCUUUCACCAAUAGAGGUCUGACCUGCAGCCAAGACAUGGAUUUAUUUAUCCACAGAGGAUGGAGUGUUUAUUUAUGAACUAAGACUGGAUAUGGCAUUGAAUAAAAAGAAGUAUGACCGAUAAACUAUCUAAACCUUAAACACUAGGAAUGAAUUCCACAAAUGAGUAAUAUGGUGGACGAUUCCAUCUUUCCUCCUAAUAAAUCUCUCUCAAAGAAGUUACCCAGAAUUAAACUUCCAAAUGAAGUACAAGAGAUCCUUGUGGUCUAAUUACAGACUACUUUCAGAAUACUUCCGUUUUCUCCCAAUUUGUAAUCACUAGAGAACAAUGAUGACUGAACUAUUCCCAACUAUAAAUAAAGCAAUUUCAAAUAAAGUAAUUUGGCAACAACCAUGGCUAUCUAUAGCACUAAAAAUGUAAUUUGAACAUUCAAAUUUUCUUAAUUUGGUAGCAGUUGAGUGGGAAGAAAAAUAACUGCACAGUGAGUUUUAAAUUGAGCUGUAUCUACUCACUAGCCAAAAAAAGCGUACAGAUGUAAAGGGAACGCUCUUUGUAGCUUCAGUUGCUUCCUCCUGUGCUGCUGUACCCCGUACACUUGGCUUCAUUUGGCUUCUGUGCUGUGGUUUGUAUGCCAGCCACUGUUACUGACUGUACACAACACGAUCUGCACUGUAAUCUCGGGUCAUUUCCACUGGUUGUAACCCAACGCUACAGACUUCUCUGUAUAUAAAACUGGAACCAUGCCCCAUUGCUUCCACUAGCUCCAAUAAAGACUUAUCUCUGUAAA